AUGAAAGUCGUGGAGAAGGAUUCGGACAGAAUAGCCGAGGUCAACGUCUUCGUCGAAGGCCAAGUUCCGGCAUUGAAAGAGUACGGUAAGUAUAUCGAUCCAAGGGACAAAGCGAUAUGUUGCUACGUGGCCCUGUAUGAAGGCGAUAAGCCUCGUAUCAGAGGCCACUUCUCUGGCACGACUCUGGCCGUGGCCUGGGAUACUAUUGUGGACGGAGUACUUCGCAAGGCAAACUCGUACGCAGCCAAAGCCGUAAGCUUCCAGCACAAAAGGAAGAUAGAAACAGUAAAGUUUUUGUACAAGACUACGAAGGGGAUCAUUGAUACCGACAUCACCGUGGCGCCACUGCUAGGUUUCGCUACGACACAAAACAAUGACCCUGAGACAAUCGGGACUUUGGAACUGCGUCUAUACAUUACCCGACAGCUAGGGACUUGGCACGAUAUAGGUGAAGUUAAAAAGUACUUCACGGUUGGAGGUAGCAUCGGGGACAAGCAAACAGGUAGUAUGGAACAGAAGGUGAGUUACAAGGUCAUCCCUCCGACUUUCGAGAUGUCGUUCGAGAUGAACGCUGCUCUUCUAGAGGACAGGCAGCCAAAUCUUCAACAGCGCAAGGUGGAUGCGAAACGUCCAGGCACAGAGCCCUGGGCCAUAUUUCGUUUCCACUAUCGACGUCAAGAAGAGAUUUCAGCGCGAGAAAUAAAGAUGACUUAUGACCCGAACAGCAAAGAGAAACCUAAACCGCAUACCUUAUUUCUAAAUCCCGUACCCACUCUGCAAUUGGGCGAAAAACCGUGUAAGAACGACGGGGACGCCUUGUCCCGAUCAUCAUCAUCUCCAAUGCCUUCUGGCAAACCUUCUACUCCGGCAAGAAGCGCAAAGCCGGGCCUCAAAGUAAGAGUCAAAAAGGCGCUCGACAGUCUCGAGUCUGAGAGGGACGCUCCUACUAUCUCUACUGGCAACGAUGGCGACAAGGUUGUUGACAAAAUUGCUGUUACGCCUCCUGAGCCGGCAGCCAACUGUAUCGCAAAGUUGUCUGAUCUUCCAGGUCUCGAGACUAAGCCCACACUUUUACAUCCAGAAAUACCCGCGGUCGCAGCGGAAGAAACAAUUGGGAAGCCUCCACAGUCGCCCAUCACGCAAGGAAAGAAGCCGAUUGAGAGACCAGCGCCAAUUAGUGGUAUCACGAGUGCGCGAAAGAAGCCAGAUACCCUGCCCGUCGCAGCGAUACCGACCAAGCGUCAGAUAUCCACCAAAGAUAGCGCGACGUCCGAGCCAAAGCGCACCAAGGCCGUCGUGACGCCUCCUGCACCCUUCAUCGAGCCUAUAGUUCCAAGUACCCCUCUGCGCUCACCUACCCCAAAGCCCAUGUCAAUCGAGCGACAGCUUGCGGAUCAGCGCAAGAAGCUCGAAGAACUGCGUAAGAAGCGUAGCGAUACUGCUCACAAACAAGCUGUGAUCGACAAAGAGAUGAUCCCCUACAAGCAGCGUAUGGCCGAGGAGCUGGAUCGUCUCCAUCAAAUGAUGACAGAAGAGGAGAACGCUUAUACUGAGGAGACUGAACACUACAGUGCUAGUAUCAGGAUUCUGCAAGAGUUCAAAAAGGCAGAAGGUGGCAACUAG